AUGGGUGUUCUCGUCAAGCUCAUUGAUGCAUUGCUCUUCCUCUUGCUCCUGGCGAUUGCUUUCGAAAAGCCAUUGAUCGAAGCACAAGCAUGUCUCCCCGGCGACCUCUACCCCAACAUUCUGGUGGACCUCAGGAACUGGUAUGCCCGCGAGUCGGGCGACUAUCUCAUGACGGAGAUGCCCGAUUUCUAUGUCGGGAUCAUGUGGCUUGAGCUUGUUUUUCAAUGGCCUCUCGUGUUCAUCAACCUUUAUGGAAUCUUGACUGGCAAACCUUGGUUCAACAUCACGUGCUUGAGCUAUGGCAUCUCUCUUUUUACUUCUAUGGUGCCUAUAUUUGCAGAAUUGACGGGGUCAGGAAGGGCACCUGAUAAGCUAUUGACUGUGUACUUUUCUUUCUUGAGUUUAGGUGUUCUGGCCAUACUGCGUGGGCUGCUACCAACCUCAUCAACCAAGUCUUCUGCAACCAUUGGCAAGAGACCUGCUUCCGGUAGGAAGAAGAAAGUUUAA